AUGCAGCGACCUCAACCAUCGUCACAGGCUCAGGAAGUAGGUAACCCGCGAUCAGCGUUAGGUGUUUUCUCUAUGGCGGAUAUGCGUUUGUUCCAUCAUUUUCUCAUUACAGCCUACCCGCACCUCCCUGUUGGAGCCGACAAGAUCUGGAUCACAGCGAUUCCUAGGUUUGCACACAGGUAUGAGUACCUCAUGCACUCGAUCCUAGCGCUAGCCGCGUCGCACUUGGAUGCUGUUACGCAUUCCGGUGUAGCCGAGCAGGCCAUACAGCAUAGAAUCUUAGCUAUGAAGUCUCUCAAUGAAGCCCUCUCGGCACCUCCAAAGACCAGUUGCGAACGAGAUGCAAGAAUGGCCGCAGCCCUAGCACUUGCUUUCCAAUCAAGCCACUUACAGGACGGUAUGGCAGAAUUCCUCACGAUGGUCCGUGGGUGCAACCUAAUUGGAGGCAACGAGACGACGUUGAGAGAUGACUCAAUCUUCAGUGCAUUCAGUGACGAUGGCCACCUCCACACAAUGCGAAUGCGCGUCGGGACGUCGCCGCUGACUUGCGUUAACCACGAAGAUCUCAACAUGGCCGCGUUAUCUCUCAACCUCAUCAAGGCUCUAAGCAUGUCGGACUGGGAGCUUUCAUAUUGGGAAACACUAGUAUGCACAGUCAGUCAUGCAUAUGACAGUCCGGUGGAGACAUACACCACGUUCGUCAUGCUCUACAACACGCCAUCCCACUGGACCCAUGAUGAGUUUCAAGCCUUCAUAGAUCCCAAUAACAGCGUUGCACAAAUUCUCCUGGCUCACUUCAUCGCGAUCCAAGCCAUCCUUACACCAAUUCUUUACCUUGAAAGAGUCGACUUUCAGGGUGUACAUGCCCCGACUGCGGUGCUGGGCUGGAUCGAAGGGAUAUAUUGGAAUGUACCAUGUCAUAUGAGGCACCACGUUGAGUGGCCCAGAAAAGUGUCUCGGUAUCCCUUUAUACGAUUUAUGGGGCAAAAGCAGGUCGAAAACUGCGAUACGGAUGCGCUUCUGGUUUAG